GAGCGUUGGCCACCACACAAUGGUUGUUAGAGAGAGAACCGCAUUGAGUCCUCCACCUUCUGCAGCCACCGUGAGACGGCCAUAUUGAGUAUUACCGGCCCACACCUCUAUUUUCCCCUGGAAGAGAACCCCGGAAGCGGCCGAGAGCUCCGUGGAGAAGUCGCAUGAAGAGAUAAAAGUGAUUUGGGACGACUGAAGAGAGCAAGAUAGCACUUAGGAAUGUACUAGACCUGGCUGGGUUUGGUCGGACGGUUUACCGUGGGCUACACAAGAUGCCAUUGGCAAGCCGUGCUCGGGUAUAUGCUGACGUUAAUGCUCACAGACCGCAUGAGUAUUGGGAUUAUGAAUCUCAUGUAAUAGAAUGGGGGCAGCAAGAUGACUAUCAGCUUGUCAGAAAACUUGGCCGAGGAAAAUAUUCAGAAGUCUUUGAGGCUGUGAACAUCAACAAUAAUGAGAAAUGUGUUGUGAAAAUUCUUAAGCCUGUUAAGAAAAAGAAGAUUAAAAGAGAAAUUAAGAUCUUGGAGAAUCUUCGAGGUGGGACAAAUGUGAUCACACUCCAAGCUGUAGUGAAAGAUCCAGUUUCCCGUACUCCCGCUUUAGUGUUUGAGCAUGUAAACAACACCGAUUUCAAGCAGUUGUAUCAGACACUAAAUGAUUAUGAUAUUCGUUACUAUUUGUAUGAACUUUUAAAGGCUUUAGACUACUGUCAUAGUAUGGGAAUAAUGCAUCGAGAUGUUAAGCCUCAUAACGUUAUGAUUGAUCAUGAAAAUCGUAAGUUACGUCUCAUAGAUUGGGGUUUAGCAGAAUUUUACCAUCCAGGCCAGGAGUAUAAUGUGAGAGUGGCAUCCAGAUAUUUUAAAGGGCCUGAGCUCCUUGUAGAUUAUCAGAUGUAUGACUAUUCACUUGAUAUGUGGUCCUUAGGAUGUAUGCUGGCCAGUAUGAUCUUCCGUAAAGAACCUUUCUUCCAUGGUCAUGAUAACUAUGAUCAGUUGGUGCGAAUUGCAAAAGUCUUGGGAACAGAGGAGCUCUAUGAGUAUGUUGAAAAAUAUCAGAUAGAACUAGAUCCUAGGUUCAAUGACAUUCUUGGAAGUCUCAAGUCAACUGGGUGUGACAUCACCGCGGUUACGCAUUCUCGAAAACGAUGGGAAAGGUUUGUCCAUAGUGAAAACCAACAUUUAGUAUCGCCAGAAGCCCUGGACUUUUUAGACAAACUCUUAAGAUAUGAUCAUCAGGAACGCUUAACAGCUCAUGAAGCAAUGGAACAUCCUUACUUUUAUCCUAUUGUUAAAGAACAGACGCGGCAUAUGAGCUCUCCAACGCCCGCCCCUCCUGGUGUUUCUCUGACAGGUGUCCCUGAAUAAAUCCUAACUGUGACGAUCCAACAUGCUUUGGCUUGGUAAUAAACGAAUAAAGGUGAAUGUCACCUGGCAGUUAGUUGCAGACAAGAAGCAAUCCACUGAUAAUUGCAGAGAAUGUGUUUCAUAGUUGAAGAGCAUUGUUAAAUGAGUGAGUAGCUGUCAGAUGUAACGAUGACCUUUGAAAAGUUGAUCAUGUUUUUUAGUGUUCUGUACAGUACUGUCAUCAUUGGAAAAAAAUGCUUGAAACCCUGAAAUAUAAACAUACGUACAUGGUGAAAGGGACCCAGACAGCAAGAAGGUUUUUCUAUGAUGUUGAGCAUGCUUCAUGGGAGGAGUGUAGAUAAAAGACAUUAUGCAAUUUACCAAAAAGGUGAUACAGCUAAAACACCAAAAGCAGGGUUUUCUGAAACUGUGAUUCACUAUUUUGUUUGGUCAUACGUAUAUAGGAAUCACAUUACUAGUGUUUGAACGGAACAAGUUUUAUAAAUUUCCUUUUUAUUUUCUAGAUAUUGAUGAUUUGUUAGUUGUUCAAAUAUAAAACAAUUUUUCUUGAAAAUUUUUAGUGUAAAUAUUAAGGAAUGUAUGAUUAAUGCUUGGUUAAGUACUCUUAAUUUUUAUGAGUUAUUGUUUCGGAGAAGGAAAACUUGUGAUUUGUAAUUGUUUUCAUUAAGUCUUUUUCUGAAAAUUGUUACUGCCGGUGCAGUUUUGAAUAUUACUACAUGACAAAUUGUCAUGAAAUGAUUAUCAUGUCUGUAAAUAACUUGUACCAUUUAGGAACUGUAUGGAAUUUUGGAAAAAAGACAAAUUUUUUUUUUCUUUUUUUUGGAUUUUCCGUUAAGUUGGACAAAAAUGAGGGUUUCAAAUUUAUAUCUAAUACACAUUUCCACACAAUUACGUCACACUCACAUACAUACAUACAUUAUAUAUAUGUAAGUAUGUAUUUGUUGUGUGUGUAACACAUUUCUAUACAUAUAUUCAUAACGCAAACAUGCCAAACUAGAUUUGGUUUGACUUUACCAUUCAUGACUGACAAAUUUUCAUUGUCAGUUCAUCAGUGAAUCCUUUUCUUAUGGUUAUUAAAAUGUUGUAAUGAA